AUGAGCAAGCUGGUGGACACACCUCCUCAGGGCAAGACCUACUCAGCAGAAGACGGGAUGAGCCGCCAAGGAGCGGCGUGCACGUCGCUUGUGGACCCGUCUCUGGAGUACACGGACCCCACCCCGGAUAUACACGCCCUCUUCCUGCAGUUCAACGACCGCUUCUUCAGGGGGCGCCUCGCCGCAGUGGAGGUGAAGUGGAGCUCCAGAAUGACGUCGAAUGUCGGUGUUUGCACGUACGAAGGAGAGGAUGGACUGUGCACUAUCAGACUAAGUGAACCGCUGCUGAAACUGCGUCCGAGGAAGGACCUAGUUGAAACACUUUUGCACGAGAUGAUCCACGCCUACCUGUUCGUGCGCAACAAGGACCGCGACCGCAGCGAGCACGGGCCGGAGUUCCACAAGUACAUGCGGCGCAUCAACCGCGAGGCGGGCACGUCCAUCACGGUGUUCCACGAGUUCGACGACGAGGUGGAGUUCUACCGGCAGCACUGGUACCGCUGCGACGGUCCCUGCCUCCAGUGGCGGCCCUGCUUCGGCACCGUCAAGCGCUACAGCCGCUGCCCGCCCGGUCCCAGGGACUCGUGGUGGCGUCGCCACCAGCAGCUCUGCGGCGGCACCUUCCGCAAGAUCCACGGCCCCGAGGGCUACGUCAAACCCACGAAGGAAGGUGCGGGAACUUCUCACUCGUCUAAACUCUCUUCUCUGUGA